AUGGGGGUCCAGCAGGAUGCAAACAUUGAAGAGCUGCAGACCAAGGAGGGAUCAUCUGAACCUGGUGAAAUAAACCGUCGGCAACAGAAUGAGGAGGGGACACCUGACGCUAGGCAUGUGCCGGCUGAGGGUGAGACCGCCCGCAUGCAUUCCAUCAGGUCCGUCGAGGGGGGAGACCACUUCGCAGAGGCGGUGGGAGAGGCUCUAUGCUCUAUUUUGUCUGGUGAGAGGAUGCACAUCAAGUCCAGUAAUGGAAUCAGAAGCGGCGAGAGUGGGACGACAGACGCGGGCGUUCUUCCUUCUCACCAGCGCAACGACCCUCCUGUCUUCGUGCGGCAGCUGCGGGACUGCUGCGUGAACGAAGGCGAAGACAUCACCCUGAACGGCGCCCUAUCUGGGAGUCAACCUUUCAAAGUCACGUGGCUGCACAAUGGUGAGGUGACACGUUUCGGAAUCCCCGCCCUGGACGGCGGCAACGUGAGUUUGGUUGUGCGUGAGUGCCUGCCCGAGGAUGCUGGAGCGUACACCUGCAUGGCAGAAAACAUGGCAGGGAAGGCUACCUGCUGCGCAGCUGUAUUUGUAAAAGACUUUGAAACCCUUCGCUGCGUGCAGAGUCAAGUUUCUGCAGAAAAGAGCAUUAUGGGAAGCGAGACGUUACCGCAGGAAGUUCAGCUCAAUUCCAGAGGGUCAGUGGGAACGUCUUCUACAAGCUCAGAGCCACAGAGUCCGGCCUCUUCUCCACGAGAGGUUAUUCCGAAGAAGAAAGCCAACUCGGGAAUCGGUCCAGUUUUACGCUUGGAGAAUCCACCGCAGCUCGUGGAAGUCAAGGCGGGACUGCCAGCGCGCAUCACGUGUCGCUUCACCUGCAGCCCACCCGUCGUGUCAUGCUGGAUCCGAAACAAAAAGCAGCUAGUGGACGGUCCUGAGGUUUGGAUCGAAAACUCAGACGAGAGCAGCACGCUGGUCCUGGCUGAGGCUGCGCUUCAGCACACGGGGCGCUACACUGUGGUGGUCAAGGACCGCAAGAGCUCGGCCCAACACACGCUUACCCUCUCUGUCAUAGACAGGCCACAGCCGCCCGCUUCUUGUCCUCUGGUUUCCUCGUUGGGCCACGGGAGUCUCGUUCUGUCCUGGUCGGGACCCUGCUACGACGGGGGCAGCGCCGUGCUGGGCUACGUGGUGGAGGCGCGAUCCGAGGGAGCCGAGUGGAGAGAGCUCGCGGCCCGUUGCGCCAGCACAUCCUACAGGGUGUGCGGCGGUCUUCUCCCUGGGGAAGAGUACUGCUUUCGGGUAAGGGCUUACAACGCGGUGGGAGUCAGUGAGCCCGGACCGGCGUCCCCUGCGGUCACCAUGGACCACAAGGAUGAGGAGAUUCCCGAAGCCUUUGUCACUAUCGACCCUGCUCACAAAGUAACGGAGCACUACGACGUGCAGGAGAAGCUUGGGAUGGGUAAGUUUGGCCUAGUGUUCAAGCUGAAGCACAAAGCCAGCGGGCGGCUGUGCGCCGGAAAAUUCUACAAAGGUCGCCGCGGUAAAGAGAGAGAAGCGGCCCGCCAGGAGAUCCAACUGAUGAACAAGCUCCAUCAUCCCAAGCUUGUGCGAUGCUUGGCCGCCUACGACCACAAGCCUGAAAUGGUCAUGGUCAUGGAGUUCAUCGCUGGCGGGGAACUCUUUGAGCGCAUUGUGGACGACAGCUUCGAGCACACAGAACCGGCCAGCGUGCGCUACGUGCAGCAAAUCCUGCAGGGAGUCUCCUACAUGCAUCGACAGAACAUCGUGCACCUGGACCUCAAACCUGAGAACAUUGUGUGCGUGGACGCCGGCGGCACCGCCAUCAAGAUCAUUGACUUCGGACUGGCAGCCCAACUCGAUGGCAAGAGCGACAUGAGGGUGAUGCAAGGGACGCCGGAGUUUGUGGCCCCCGAGGUCAUCAACUACGAGCCUGUGUGCUUGGCCACCGAUAUGUGGAGCAUCGGCGUCAUUUGCUACAUCCUACUAAGCGGCGAGUCUCCCUUCCAGGGAAGCAGCGAUGCCGAAACGCUGGCUUUGGUAACGGCGGCCCAGUGGGAGUUUGACGAGGAGAGCUUCGAGGACAUCACAGACAAGGCCAAACACUUCAUCAGCUCCUUGCUGGAGAAAGACCCCAGGCGACGCAUGUCCAGCAAAGAGGCCCUGGCUCACGAGUGGAUGACCUUCGACUCGCCGGCUCCUGCCUCCGCCAAGACGCUCCCCAAAGAGAAGAUGAAGCGCUUUCUUGCUCAGCAGAAAUGGAAGAAAGCGGGCAAGGCAGUGCUAGCGUUGAAGAGAAUGGCCUUACUAAGAAAAGGGGACAGCACUUCUCCCACCAGCCCUGCAGAAGAAUGUCCACUAACCCCAGAGACAGAAGAUGCCCUACUCUCAUUGGAGCGCAAGAUGUGGGGACCCCCACGCUUCACGAAGACCCUACAUGACCAAAUGGUCUUGGCGGGAGCUGAUGCCCACCUCGAAUGUUGCCUCACAGGGUACCCAGACCCAGAUGUGGUGUGGCUACGCGGACAGGUGCCUGUGGAGGAGUCGGAAGCCGUCCGGAUCGAAUAUGAGGAAGAUGGCCGUUGCACGCUAAUCAUUUCCGAAGUUUGCCCACACCACGCUGACGUUUACACCUGCAAAGCUACGAACGACCACGGAGAGACAGCCUGCUCGGCAUCGCUCCUCAUCCAAAAUUCAAGCUAA